GCAUCACAAAGCGACUUCAUGGGAUCCUGAUGGGCAAACAGUUGUCGGCAGGGAGGGUAGUCCAGGGAUGCUGAAGAAACAUCAGUUCCAGAUUCCUUUCUGAGGGAACAGACCCCGCACUUGCACGACGUGAAGGAGAAAGGGAGACAAAACGUGGAAGAGCAGUCUUCAUUUUGGGUACCCGAAGUGUUAUUGAAUAUAUAUUUAUUGAAUUUAGAAGAAGAAAUCCAGUACAUUACUUCUAAAAACUUGUUUUUGCAGGAUGUUUAUCCUCACUGAGGGCCUGACAUCUGUCACCAAGAACAAUGGGCUUCUCAAUAUCACCUUUAAAUAUGACAACUGCACUCCUUACCUGAAUUCAGUGGGAAAACAUGUGAUUGGAGAUGUGCAGAAUAUAACAAUCAGCCAGUAUGCAUGUUAUGAACAGGUCGCAGUCACAAUACUUUGGACAGCAAAUGCCAUUGGGAUUGAAUACCUGAGAGGAUUCCGAGUAAUACUUGAAGAGUUAAAAUCAGAGGGAAGACAAUGUCAGCAGAUGGUUUUAAGAGAUCCAAAGCAGUUGAGCCCAAGUUUUAAAAGAACAGGAAUGGAAUCCAAUCCCUUUGCAAAUCUGAAGUUUGAAACAGAUUACUUUGUAAAGAUUGUGCCUUUUCCUUCCAUUAAAAAUGAAAGUAAUUAUCACCCAUUUUUUUUCCGAACUCGACCAUGUGAAUUGUUGCUACAGCCAGAAAAUCUCAUCUGCAAACCUUACUGGAAGCCACGAAAUCUGAAUGUUACCCAGCAGGGUUUUAACAUGCAAGUGUCUUUUGAUCAUGCUCCCCACAACUUUGGAUUUAGGUAUUACUUUCUUCACUACAAACUGAAGCAUGAAGGGCCAUUCAAGCAAAAGACCUGCAAACAGGAGCAAAACACAGAUACUACAAGUUGUACUCUUCAGAACGUAACUCCAGGAGAUUAUAUAAUUGAGCUGGUUGAUGACACUAAUACAACAAGGAAAACAAUGCACUAUGCACUAAAACCAGUACAUUCUCCGUGGGCUGGACCAAUAAGAGCUAUUGCCAUUACAGUGCCUUUAGUUGUCAUCUCAGCAUUUGCAACACUUUUCACGGUGAUGUGCCGCAAAAAGCAGCAAGAGAAUAUAUAUUCUCAUCUAGAUGAGGAGAGCUCAGAAUCUUCAGCUUAUGGUGCAGGUCUCCCUGUGGAAAGUCUUCGCCCCCGGCCAAAAGUAUUCAUCUGCUAUUCCAGUAAAGACUGCCAGAAACACAUUAAUGUCAUCCAAUGCUUUGCUUAUUUUCUUCAGGACUUUUGUGGUUGUGAGGUGGCUCUAGAUUUGUGGGAAGAUCUGAAAAUCUGUAAAGAAAGUCAGAAAGAAUGGCUCAUUAAAAAAAUAAACGAGUCUCAGUUUAUCAUCAUUGUGUGUUCCAAAGGAAUGAAAUACUUCGUUGAAAAAAAGAAUUGGAAACACAGAGGAGUAACCAAAGACACAGGGAAAGGAGAACUAUUUCUGUUUGCUGUGUUGACUGUUGCAGAGAAGCUUCGUCAGGCAAAGCAGAAUUCAAAUGACCUCUGCAAGUUCAUUGCAGUCUACUUUGAUUACUCCUGUGAAGGAGACAUUCCUGGUAUUUUGGAUCUAAGUACAAAAUAUAAACUCAUGGACAAUCUGCCUCAGCUUUAUUCACAUUUACAUUCCAGAGACCUUAGCAUGCAGGAUUCAGAGGUGUUUCCCGUUAACGUCAGUAAAAGGAAUUAUUUCAGGAGCAAAUCUGGUAGGUCUCUUUAUGUUGCCAUUUGUAAUAUGCAUCAGUUCAUUGAUCAGGAACCAGACUGGUUUGAGAAACAAUUUAUUCCCUUCCUUCCACAUCCUUUACAUUACUCGGAGCCUGUCAUGGAAAAAUUUGACUCAGGCUUGGUUUUAAAUGACUUAGUGAAUAAACAGGCGAUGGAUGACGAUUUUUACCUGAAAACAGAUGUAAAUAAUAUUUCAGCUGGAAAUUCAGACUCUCACUGUAUAAUUCAGCACUUAAAUCUUGGAGAAGAUAUAGAAACUCAGGACAUUCAAGGUGGUGGCAGCUCUGUUCUUCGACCAUUGUUACAUGCUGUUAAAGCUUCGAAUCUUAAAGAUAUGCCUCGAGAUUCUGGAAUCUAUGAUUCGUCUGUUCCUUCAUCUGAAUUAUCUUUACCUUUAAUGGAAGGACUACUGACAGAUCAAACUGAAACUUCUUCCAUCACAGGAAGUGUUUCUUCAUCAUCAGGUUUAGGGGAAGAAGAACCUCCUGUAAUCACUUCCACAAAGUUCUUAGUGCCUGGAAUAUGUAAAGCAGAACUUCAUUGUCAUAUCCAUACUGAUGAACUGCAGGCAAUUGCUCCUUUGUAAUACAUCAAUACAUUCUUAUGCAUUGCCACUUUAUCAGCAGCCUCUGUGCUUUAACCACCACGCUAUUCCAGCUCUAAAUCUACUUGAAGGAACAAAUACCACCUGAAGAUGACCUGCUAUUCACAAGGGAUUUUUAUGGCCAGUAGGCUUGAUCUUAUUGGGCUUAAUACAGUCUUUCAUGAUUUGAAAAAUGCAGCAUGGAAGAACAGAUGAGAAAACAUUUCAGUAUUAUUCCUAUUACUAAUUUAAGUUUCAUGAUGUUAUACUGUUUAUAGAUGUCGUAAUAAAAAGUGACCUUUUUUACUAGACUUAAUGUUGCAACUGGACAUAAAAUUGUUCAGAAUACUGAGUCUGAGUAAUUACUGUUUUGUAUUCCAGACUCUAGCAUUGAAUGCUGACAUGUUUGAUGGUAGGAGUGUUGUAGUAAAUUAGAGCAGGAUAUUUUUAAGAAGGAAGACAAAAAAUCAAAGGUGAGAUCAAGAAAUUAUUAAUCAGGAAAAAUUAUUUUCUUCUAGAAAUAUUUUGGUUCCUAUCUUCGUGGUUUUUUCUUUUUCCCAAAUGUUAAUGUGUCUCAGUAUUCAAUUUCAGAUAAACAUGUCUCCUUGUUCUGUAUGAUUCUCCUCUCUUUUCUCCACAAUCUGGCUGUGAUGACUCACAAGUAACACGGUAUUGAGUGUGAAGUAUCAUUUUUCUAAUAGACAUGAAUUCUACAUAUACUGACUGAUACUAUGUAAACUAAGUUUCCUGUUUUCUUCCUAGACGUGCUAAUAUAAAGAAUACUUUAAAGAGACAGGGGAAGAAAGUCCAAAAUUAGUAUUUAAGACAUAAUUCUGGCUCUGUUCAGCCAUAACCUACGUAUGCUGUAUGGGGAAUGUCAUACUCAAGGAGAUGCUGCUACAGAAUAACCAGAGGUAAAACAAAUUAAGACAGUUAAGAGACAUGAAUACUUUGCUUUCAUAGAAUCAUAGAAUUGCUCAGGUUGGAAAAGACCUUAAAGAUCAUCAAGUCCAACCACAGCCUAACCAUACUACUCUAACUCUAAUAACCCACCACUAAAUCAUGUCCCCGAGCAACUAAAGAGAAGCCUUGGAGUUGUUUUGAAGUUCACAGUACUUAUCAUUACUUAGUGAUUAAGAUAGUGUUCUAUUAUUAGUCUUAUAUUAACAAACAGGGAAAAAAAAGCAAAAAAUACAACUGGUCAUGUUUAUCUAAGGGCAUGGGGCAUGUGAGUCUUCUGUUCUGCACUGGCCAGGUGGUACACCCUUUUCCAAGUGUUGCUGCUAUUACCAAAGAGAAACUUUUCAAGUAAAAUCCAGCUGUGUAACUAACUACAGUUCUAGGCACCAGAAUGGUAACAGCAAAUAGUAAAGGACAACAUCUCAGUGUGCCUUUGCUAGUUUAGCUCAUGGAGUCAAACUCUGACUCAAUUCAUCUGUCUUCAUUUUCUAUGACCAGGAGGCUACUUUAGGAAUGUGUGGAGGGAGAACUCCAACUCCUCAAAUGUUCUCACUGUUUUAAUAGAUGAGAAUUAGGCUUUGCUAAUUGUUACAUUAUAUUAUCCAUUUUAAUAGUAUGAAAUAGAACCAUUAAAGCAGUGAUGAUUUUGGCUGAGCAGCUUUGAAGUUUUAGAUUUGUUUGUUUGUUUUUGCAUUGGUUUAUAUGUAAUCAUUUGAAGAUCCAAACAGAAGACUCUUGAAAUUGCUGUCACAAAUACAGUAAGAAAGGUGCUGUAAAUGGUGAAGUGUAACAAUUAUUUGAACUUACCAAUUGAUGGCAGAACCUUAGCAUGCUUUGCAGUUUUAAUAUGGAAUUAUAAUGUGAUGACAUAUGUAUGUGUCAGAUUUGGAGGUUCUUGUCUGUUAAUGUAAUGUCCAUUAAUCCUACUGUACCUUUUUUCUGAAUUUGAAAGAGCACUAACUGAAAAAUCUUAAACUCACAGUAUCUAAAUAAGCUGAGUACAGAGUGGAUUAUCUGCACCUUCACUGAUUUUUUUGCAUGCUGUAACAAAAGCAAAGUACUUCAUUUUUUCCCAUUCCUUUGUGUUUAAAAGUACCUGGGGCAAACUAGGCAGAAUAAUCUAGAGGUGUAAAUGCUCCUUCUCUAAAUCUAACCAUGCAAGUUCUUGAUUUAGUGCAUUUUUUUGCUAGCUUUAGUAGUGAAAGUGGUUGGAUUGAUAAAAUACAGGGAGAAAAGUUGCAGAAGUAGUGUGCUGAAGAGCUGCUGUGCAUAGAAGUACCAAAGCUACAAUCAUAAGGAAGAGGCAAUUUCUUAGCAAUUGGAAGAUGAAGGUAACUCUGCUUUCCUCCAGGGAAAGUCCUAGUACACAUACUGCUAUUUUAUGCUAGGCUAAAGACUGGGAAGAUUCUGUGGUUCUGUUAAAUUCAGUGUUACUUUAAGGAAGUAAGUUUUCAUUUUGAGGUCUAAGAAAGCUCUGUUUUGAAAAUGGAGAAAAGAGGUUGCUAGUUUUUUUUUUCAUGUUUUUACUUUGAUUUCUUCAAAAUUUGCUGUAUAAUCCUGCAAAUCUUAAUUGUUUUGUAAUUUUGAAAGGUCUAUGUGGAUGCCAGUCAAAUCUUUUAUAGGUGGGAAAACACAAACAAGCAAAGAAUUCCUUCAUUCCUUCGUAGCAGAAAGUGGAAACAGUAUAUUGCAUGACCUUGGAAGAAAGAAAAUAUACUUAAUGGAAAAUGUAUAAUAGAACAAACCCACACUUCAAGAUAUAUGUGUAUAUAUAUAUAUAUAUACACACAGAUUUGAAGAAAAUGAAGCUUGAUCAAAUUUAGACAUAAUUUUUUACAAAAGCACAGUAAUUCAUAAAAUUAGAAAAAGGAUAUGUAUAUUGACAUACUAGAAGGAAAUAGUGUUGAGUUUGCAAAAGUUCUGUAUUUUUCCUCCAAUAAAAGCAACAGCAAAAAUCCUUGUAAAAAUAUUUUAAAAACAAAUAUGUAAAUACACACAUUAGAGGUUAGCUUACUACUAUUUUCAAGCAUUAGUAAACUCUAAAUAAAAUUAAUGGUGAAAGAAUCCCCUUAAUUACUGUUACUACUAGACGCAACUGUGUGGACAUUGGAUGUUUUAAAAUACAUUUUUUGGGAGGAUGGAAAAAACAUUGGAAAGCCAAAGGUUCAAGAUAUAGCUCUAUGACCAACAUUUUGAUAAGCAUUGUUGCCAUAAUUGUACCAGAACAUAAACACAACAACUGUUGAAAAUAGAAUGCGGCUGAUAUUUGCAGAAAUAAAAUUUUAUGAUACUUUAAGUUACAAGUUAAGCAUUGGAAUAAAACAUUUUUGUUGA